AUGUUGAUGUCAAUUAGCAAGGAAGACGGUCACUGGUACUGUUCCAAGGAAUGCGGCGGAAGCGACGUUCUGGCAACACACGAUGUGGGAGUUCGACAAGUAGCAACACCAACACCAACACCAACACCAAGAAGUACUGAGGGAGCUAAAAUUCAAGAAGAGAAUUUACUAGCAGCCGAAUUCGAAGACUGUGUAGUUGAUCUUGCUUGCCCUCCUCAGGUAGGCUUCGAACAGCAAUUCGUCGGGAAUAUGAAUCUUAUGACAUUGAUGAGUCUGAGCUUGAGGGAUCGGGUGACAUGA